AUGCCGCAGUACAAGCUCACCUACUUUGACCUACGAGGCCUUGCCGAAGGAGCUCGACUUAUGUUCCAUUAUGCAGGAGUCCCAUUCGAAGAUGUCAGGAUAACACGUGAACAAUGGCCCCAGAUAAAACCAACAACACCAUUUGGGCAGGUCCCGGUACUCAGUGUUGAUGGACAUGAAAUAGCUCAAAGCGCUGCUAUUUAUAGAUAUCUGGGCCGUCAGUUCAACUUGGUUCCAAAAUGUCCGAUAGAAGAAGCGAUGGUCGAUGCUAUCUAUGAUGCUCACAAGGAUUUCUAUAAUGAGGUUAAGGACUUCAUUAUCGUUGUUGCCGGCUUCAAAGAGGGCGAUAAGGAUAAAUUAUUAAAAGAAGUUUUCCUUCCGGGUCGAGACAAAUACUUCGGUUAUUUGAAGAAACACUUGGAGAAGUCAGAUGGCAUCCACUUAAUCGGAAAAGUUUUGACUUGGGCUGAUAUUGCCAUUGCAGGCAACCUUUACACAAUGCAAGGAUUUGCUCCGUCACUUUUUGAUGGCUUCCCAGAAGUUAAGAAGUUGCAGAAGUUAACGUUUAUUGUAAUGAUGCCACAAUACAAACUUGUCUACUUUAAUCUGCGAGGCCUUGGUGAAGGAGCGCGACUCCUGUUCCAUUACGCUGGGGUUCCAUUUCAGGAUGUCAGAAUUCCAUUGGAACAGUGGAAAGAUAUCAAACCGUGUUUGCUUUAUAAACUUUUUUCAUUAUCUUCAACUCCGUUUGGGCAACUUCCAGUUCUCCAUGUUGACGGAAAGCAGAUAGCCCAAAGUGCGGCAAUUUACAGAUAUUUAGGGCGUCAGUUUAAACUGGUUCCGAGCUGUGCAAUAGAGGAGGCUUUAGUGGAUGCUGUCUACGAUGCCUUCAAAGAUUUUCAUAAUGAAAUAUUACCAUAUUUCGUAGUCGCUGCAGGCUUCGUAAAAGGCGAUAAAGAAAAGUUACUGAAUGACGUUUUACACCCAGCAAAAAAAAACUAUUUUGGUUUUUUAAAACAACAUUUGGCAAGGUCAGAUGGCAUCCACUUAGUUGGAAAAUCCGUGUCCUGGGCUGACAUCGUCAUUGCAGAAAAUCUUCAUGUAAUUCAAGGUUUAGCUCCGUCACUUUUUGAUGAGCAUUCCGAAGUAAAAAAGUUUUCUGAUGAGAUUUAUAAAUUGCCAACUCUACAAAAAUACCUAAAUGAAAGACCCUUCUUGGCAACAUGA